AUGUUCGCCACCUCGCCGCCCUGCGCCAACAACCUCCCCUUGCCGCCUUUGAAGCGCAAGCGAUCGGAUUCUACCCACUCCGCCACCGAUCGCGACGCCCCGGUCGCAUCCAAGCUGCGCGUCGACAACCCACCCCCAGACUCCGCCCUCGUCACGCAAUGCGCCCCCUCCCCCUCCCCCACUAGCGACCCAACCGCCCCUGUGCAGACCCCGCCGUCGCCCACCCAUCGCCCCUCCCAGUCGCUCGCCACGGAACAGGCGCCCCGAUCGGGCCAUGUCGACGUCGACCGACUGCGCGACACCCUCGGCGCGCAGCUCAGUCUCGAGGUCCUCUUGAAGCAUGACGAGCUACGGUUGAUUGACCAGGAGAUCGCCAAGUGUCAAGUCGCGCUGGAGCAGUUGCGCCGAUGCGCUGAGAUCCCCUACCCCAGCGCGCAACUCGGGGGCUUGUCGCAGUCCGUCAGCAGUGGGACGGGGAUGGCGGUCUAUGCGCCUGGAAAUGGCCCCGCGCCGCUGUCCCCGGCCCCCUGGGGCGUCACCGACGGUCCGUACACUCGACACUACGCGCGAUGGCUUUUGCCUGAUCCCCGCUUCGACGGAGGGGAGCCCGAUCCCGCCACGCCGCUGCUGUCUGCCAGUGCUCCCGGGGCCACGCCGGUGGAGGGCCGCUCCACCCGUGGCAACCCCGGUGACCUGGGCGCCUUGGCCGGCAAGUCGCGCCCCCAGCGCGGCUCCAGCAUCUCGAAACUCCAGUCGCUGCCGAAUGGCUACCCUGCCCCCAAGGAGAAAGCCGGGCCCAUGAUUAUCCGCCGGAAGUCGGAUGGCAUCAUGGUCAAGCUCGUCUGCCUAGAUUGUCGGCGCGACAACUUCUCGAGCACGCAAGGCUUCAUCAACCACUGCCGCAUCGCCCACGGUCGGAACUUUGCCAGCCACGACGCGGCCGCCAUGGCAUCUGGGGAGACGGUUGAGGUGGAUGACGCGGGUGCCGUGGUGGGGGUCAAGAGCGAGACGCCCACUGCUACUGCCCCUACUACAACGCCGGGGUAUGUCCAUCCGUUGAUUCGGUCGGCCCAUGGUAUCGAGCCCCUUACGCCGGGUCGCUCAGCGUCGUCGGCGGUAGAAACGCCGCGGCCGACGGGCCCGCCCGCUCCGGCCAAAUCGACGACGCCGGCCACCACGGAGGGGCUGUCCCCGCGCGCGUUCCUGGGCUCGCCCGACACCCCCCACCUGUCGUCCCUGAUGCGCCAUCGGGGCGUGGGGCUGGACCUCGAUCGAUUGGUGGGGGAGGCCAAGACCACGGUCGAUCUGAGCGCCUAUCCAUCGGAUGAAGGCGAGUCCGACAGCGAGUCCGAACAACCCACCCCUCACACGGUCGGGAAUUCCGGCCCGCCACCGCCGGGCGCCGGGGUCGGCCGCCAGCCGAUGCGCACGACUGUCUCGCAGACGACGUCCCGACGGCCUGGCAGCCGGAAAGGCGUCGAUCCGCCCAGCCAUCCGACUCCAGCCCUGGAAACCCUGACACCGACGCGACCCGGACCCUCCUAUCCGUCGUAUGGGCCCCCGCCGCUGGCGAACCCGGGCCCGGGCGAUGCGCUGCGGGAUGCGGACAGCAUGGAUCGGACGGCGAACCUGAGUCCCAACACGAUCGAGUCGACGCAGGCCCCCAGUCUCGUCAGCGACGAUGACGAUUACGGGGUGGCGUCCGACUCGGAGAGUCCGGGGCCUAGUUCGUCGGAGGCGGGCGACCACGACGACGAGUUCAGUCACGUGGACGUGGAGGAUGACGAGGCGGCAACGUCGACCGCGACGACGGACCCGCCCAAGUCGGAUCCCAUGGCCAGUGCCGCCGCGCAUCCCCCCGCAUCGUUGUCCCGAUCGUUAGCACGGGGUGGCUCGCGGGGGAAGGGCCGACUGGUGUCAUCCUCCCUCGUCCCGAUGCAGCGAAACAAGGACGAGAAACGGGUGAGCUUUGUCAAAAAUGAUGAAUCACCCUAUGACCCCCAGAGCAUAACCCUGGAAAUAUUCACACACCUCCUCAGUCUGUAUCCUACGACGUGGGAUGCAGCUACGCGUCGGAGGCUUACUGAGGGUGGGGGUGGAGGUAGGGGAGGGAAGAAGAAGACGAAGGAUAUCUCUAGGAAGGAAGAACAGGGGAGUAAGGGUAAGGAGGAGCAGGAGAAGCAGAACCAUCUGAUUGAGGGGAUGAUGGAGGGGUUGGUGGAGUUGGAUCGGUGGAGGUAUGAGCUUGUUGGUGUCGAUGGUUCUGGGUGGAUGGAUGAUAUUGGUGAUGGUGGUAAGAGUUUGACCAAGGAUGAUCUUGUGAGGUUGAUGGAGUGGAAGUUACAACGAGGCGUCCACCGACCCGCACUACUAGGCAUGAUCAAAAGCAACCCCGACCAAACAGUCGAGCAGGCCACGAGAGCAGCGCUGGCUGCAUUAUCUGGAAAAAACCUCUCUCAACAAGAUAAACCCAAUCCAGAAGGACAAUUUCCCCAAACAAGCCUAACAGAGUUAAUAAACCCCCUCCGCGGCGUGGGCAUCGCAACAGCCUCACUCAUACUCUCCGCCGUGACGGCCAACAAAAAAGGAGGGGGAAUCCCCUUUUUCAGUGACGAUGUGUAUCUGUGGUUGUGUAUGGGUGAGGCUCCUCGUCUGCGGAGUGAACUGGCGAGAGAGAGUAAAGGGAGAAAGCAGAGACGGAAGGGCUGUUAUAAGCGUCUUGGGGGGGAGUUGGCGCUGAAGUACAAUGUCAAAGAGUAUCAGGGGUUGUGGGAGGCUGUGCGGAGGUUGAGGGAGAGGUUGCUUUUGGAGAUUGAGGAUGGGAAGGAAGAGGUGGUGUCGUGUACGAAUGUUGAGAAGGUGGCGUUUGUGUUAAGGCAUGUUGGGGUUUCAGGGUUGGUGAGGGAGGGAGGGGAGGAGUUGGUUUCUGUUGAUAGGGCUUGUUUGGGUGUGGGGGAGGGGGAGAUAGUCGGGGAGGAGAAGAAGAGAGGGAGAGUUGAGGAGAGUGUGAAGGGGGAGGUCGGAGGGAGGAAGAAGAGGUCGAAGAAGGAUUAG